CUUGGUGUGGCCUUAACGCAUUUUGAGGACGUCACAGUCGUGUGAUUCCAACACAUUUCAGUGAGAAACACCACAAUAUGGCGGUCUCACUGUGGAUGCUCCUCGUCUUUCUGGCAGCAGGUUGCCAGGCCAAGUCCGUCGCCAAACCGAAGCGCCAGUCGCUAUCGGAAGAAGGCUGGUACCAGGCCGGCUGCCUGAACCACAUGAGCUGCGGCAUCACCGUAGAAGGGCCCUUCUGCGCGAGUAACGGGCAAACCUACCACAACCACUGCGCCUUCCUCACCGCAGCAUGCAUCUGGCCAUACCAGUAUCCGGACGAUCCACCAGUUGUCUUUGAGCACGAUGGCAGAUGUGACGAGGCCCGGACUCAGGAGUACCGGCGUAAGCGCCAGGCCCUCACCGACGAGCCUUGGUUCCAGGCCGGGUGUCUGGACUACGUGUUCGAGUGCCACAUGAGCGGGACGGAGGGCCCGUUCUGCGCGAGUAACGGCGUGACCUAUCACAACCCCUGCGCCUUCCAGAGCGCCGCCUGUAUCUGGCCAUAUGAGUACCCGGAUGAUCCGCCAGUCACUGUUGUGCAUAACGGAGCAUGCGCCAAGUAGGUGCCCCCCCUCCACUCAAGCACUGCAGUAUGAGGUCAACCGUAUGGGGGCGUUCUUAACACCUGCGGUCUGAGUGGUACAACUGCUAAUAAAGUGCCAGAAAUGCA